AUGAGGGAAGGCUGGAGGUGCUUGCUGGGACUGUGCCUCCUGGCACGCUCUGCCUCCCCCGCCUCCCCCCACGGUGCCGCCAACCCCUUUGCUGGGCAACAGAUGCCCCCAGACCCCUGCUACGAUGACGCAGGCGCCGCCCGCCGCUGCAUCCCCGAGUUCAUCAACGCCGCCUUUGGCAAGGAGGUGGCCGUGUCCAGCGUGUGCGGCUGGCCGACGUCGUCGCGCUCUUGUAGCAUGGUGGAGCGCAUUGAGGAGCGGCCUUCAGUGGGCACCUGCCAGAUCUGCGACGCAGCGGACCCAUGGCGUGCCCACCCGCCCUCCUACCUCACCGACCUCAACUCGGCCCACAACCUCACCUGCUGGCAGUCGGAGAAUCUGCACACCUCGCCAAACAACGUCAACCUCACGCUGUCGCUGGGAAAGAAGUUUGAAAUCACCUACGUCAGCUUGCAGUUCUGCUCGCCCCGCCCAGAGUCACUGGCAAUCUACAAGAGCAUGGACUACGGCAAGAGCUGGACGCCUUACCAGUACUAUUCGUCCCAGUGCCGGCGCAUGUACAACCGGCCUAACAAGGCGGCCAUCACAAAGCAGAAUGAGCAGGAGGCCCUUUGUACCGACGGCCACACUGACCUCUACCCCCUUUCCGGAGGGCUCAUUGCCUUCAGCACUCUGGACGGGCGGCCCUCCGGGAAAGACUUUGACAACAGCCCUGUGCUCCAGGACUGGGUAUCAGUCACCGACAUCCGUGUGGUCUUCAGCCGGCCCCAGCUGCCCCGCGAAAUAGGGGCAGGAGAAGGGGGGGGGAUGGGCAGGGGAGGCCAGCCGGAUGAGGACCCAAUGGUGCCGCCCACGUCUCUGCCGGCGUACUUCUACGCGGUGGGGGACUUCCAGGUGGGUGGGAGGUGUAAGUGCAAUGGGCACGCCUCACGCUGCCUCAAGGACAAGGAGGGCAAGCUGGUGUGCGACUGCAAGCACAACACGGAGGGGCCCGAGUGCGACCACUGCAAGCCCUUCCACUACGACCGGCCGUGGCAGAGGGCCAGCGCCCGUGAGGCCAACGAGUGUUUACCGUGUAACUGCAACCUGCACGCCCGGCGCUGCCGCUUCAACAUGGAGCUGUACAAGCUGUCAGGGAGAAAGAGCGGAGGCGUGUGCAUGAACUGUCGCCACAACACGGCUGGACGCCACUGCCACUACUGCAAGGAAGGCUUCUACCGGGACAUGGCCAAGCCCAUCGCACACCGCCGCGCCUGCAAAGCCUGUGACUGCCACCCGGUGGGUGCGGCAGGGAAGACAUGUAACCAGACGACGGGCCAGUGCCCCUGUAAGGACGGCGUGACGGGCAUCACCUGUAACCGCUGUGCUAAGGGCUACCAGCAGAGCCGCUCGCCCGUGGCCCCCUGCAUCAAGAUCCCAGUGGUGAACCCUACUGCCAUGGUCAGCGGCAGCACAGAGGAACCGGCAGAUUGUGAGUCAUAUUGCAAACCAGUGAAAGGGAAUCUGAAGAUCAACAUGAAGAAAUACUGCAAGAAAGACUAUGCGAUGCAAGUCAACGUGCUGGACAUGGAGACGGUGGGCGACUGGGCCAAGUUCUCUGUCAACGUGGUGUCUGUCUACAAGAGCCGUGGAGAGCCACUUAAACGGGGCGACAACGUCCUGUGGAUCCAUAUGAAGGACCUGGCUUGCAAGUGUCCAAAAAUCCAGAUGAGCAAGCACUUCCUGGUUAUGGGGGCCGUAGGGGCCACUGCGGGAGCAGAGCGGAUAGGGCUCCUGGCCGAUAAGAACAGCCUGGUCAUCCAGUGGAGAGACAUUUGGACACGACGCCUCCGGAAGUUCCAGCGCAAAGAGAAGAACGGCAAGUGCAGCAAAGCAUGA